CCGUGCUAUUCUGCCCCACCGGACGGGACCGACACAUGCUGAUGUGACAAUACAUAACCAUACACCGCCAGACGAUACACCGCCCUCGCUGUCCGCUUCGGGCUCUCCGUACAGCCGAGGCAUUUCAGCCGGUCAACACGGUUCUUAUUAGGACUUUCUCCUGACCAAACUCCGGCCGAUUGUCUUUUCUUGCUUCUUCUUUUUCUUUAUACCCCCAAGCAUCCUCCAUCUUAAUACCAUUGAGAGGGAUGUUCGCUGCCUCUACGCGAAGCCGUCUCUCCACCCUGUCAAGGCCCCGGCUCCCUCCGACACAACUACUCGCCCGCUCGACUCCCGCCAUGGCUCGCAAGGCGUCGUCCGUCCCUGAGGGGUACAAGGAGGAUCUCUCCAAGGGCAAGAUGCUCCGCUUCGAAGAUUCCCUACCCCGCCUCCCCGUCCCAACCCUGGAGGAGACCGGUAAGCGCUACCUCAAGUCCGUCCACCCGCUGGUGUCCGAGGCCGAGUUCGAGCGCACCAAGAAGGCCGUCGAGGCCUUCAUCCGCCCCGGUGGUGAGGGUGAGCCCCUGCAGAAGCGUCUGCUGGAGCGUGCCGCCGACCCCAAGAUCAAAAAUUGGCUCGCCGAGUGGUGGAACUCCGCCGCCUACCUGGGUUACCGUGACCCCGUCAUUCCCUACGUCUCCUACUUCUACUCCUACCGUGAUGAUCGCGCACGCCGUAACCCGGCCAAGCGUGCCGCUGCCAUCACCUCCGCUGCGCUCGAGUUCAAGCGCCAGGUCGACGAUGGCUCCCUCGAGCCCGAGUACAUGCGUGGUCAGCCCAUGGCCAUGAGCUCGUACGAGUACAUGUUCAAUUGCUGCCGUAUCCCCGCCGACCCCGAGGAUUUCCCGCGCAAGUACUCUGCCGCCGAGAACCAGCACAUCAUCGUCGUCCGCAAGAACCAGUUCUUCAAGGUGCCGCUCGUCGUGGACGGUCAGGCCCUGAACCCCUCCGAGUUGGAGCAGCAGUUCCAGCGCAUCUACGAGAUUGCCCAGCCUGCCCCGCCGGUCGGUGUGCUGACUGUGGCAGACCGUGAUCACUGGACUGCCGCCCGCAAAAAGCUGAUUGCUGCCGACGCGGCCAACGAGCAGGCUCUGCAGGAUAUCGAGUCCGCCGGUUUCGUCGUCUGCUUGGAUGAUGCUAAGCCCGUGACCCUGGAGGAGCGCGCUCACCAGUACUGGCACGGUGAUGGCACCAACCGUUGGUUCGACAAGCCUCUGCAGUUCAUUGUCAACGACAACGGCACUGCCGGUUUCAUGGGCGAGCACUCCAUGAUGGAUGGUACCCCUACCCACCGUCUUAACGACUUUGUCAAUGCCCUGAUCUUCGGCAAGAAGAUUGAUCUCUCUGCCAAGUCUGUCCGCUCCCAGCUGGCUGACCCCAAGGCCGUCAAGUUCACCUUGAACGACGAGGUCAACGAGGCCAUCGACAUUGCCGCCCAGUACCACCGCAAGCAGAUCGGCUCGCACGAGCUCGUCGUCCAGGCCUACCAGGGCUACGGCAAGGGCCUGAUCAAGAAGUUCAAGUGCAGCCCCGACGCCUACGUCCAGAUGGUCAUCCAGCUGGCCUACUACAAGAUGUACGGCAAGAACCGUCCCACUUACGAGUCCGCCUCCACCCGUAAGUUCCAAGAAGGCCGUACCGAGACCACCCGUACCGUCUCCGACGAGAGCACCGCCUUCACCCGCGCGUUCUGCGACCCCAGCGUUCCUCGCGAGGAGGUUGUCAAGCUCUUCCGUGCCGCCCUGGCCCAGCACACCAAGUACACCCUCGAGGCUAGCGACGGCCGUGGUGUUGACCGUCACCUCUUCGGUCUGAAGAAGCUGCUCCAGCCUGGCGAGAAGCUUCCCGCUCUUUAUGAGGAUCCCGCUUUCACCUACUCUGGUUCCUGGUACAUUUCUUCUUCCCAGUUGAGCUCUGAGUUCUUCAACGGAUACGGAUGGAGCCAGGUUAUUGAUGACGGCUUCGGUAUUGCCUACAUGAUCAACGAGAACAGCCUCAACUUCAACAUCGUCUGCAAGCGCCUCGGCGCCCAUCGCAUGAGCUACUACCUCAACGAAGCCGCCACGGAACUCCGUGACGUCCUCCUCCCCGACCUGGCCGCUCAACCCGAGAAGCCCAAGCUGUAAGCUAUAGGCUAUCAAGCUUCAAAGCUGUUAGGAAGUACAGUCUAUCUGGGCUCUAUGCAUAUGGGUAUUUCCUUUUCUUUUUUCCUCUCUAUUUCUUUUCCUUGGUCUCGGGUUUUUUGAUAUCUGGUUUCAGCGCCGCUAUAGAUGAAGAUGAGAUAUCUUUGUAUUGUCGUUGUGACAUGCAUACUUUUGUAUAGUUGUGUGGAUACAACAUGAAUGCCAUUUUAUUUGGUUACGAAUAUCCCUAGACUCUGUUCUUUUCUUUCUGUGCUCCCUUAUGGGAAUUAUGUAGGGCUGCUAGAAUAGGUAUUGGCUAUUUACUGAGACUUGGAUGUCCUGCCCAGAGAGGUGACUGCUUGGGAUUUUAAGGGUGACUGGGAAGCUGGCUUGUAUUCGUGCUAUUGAACAGCAUUUCUAUCCAUUUCUCAUUCGUUCGCACCACACAUAUGCAGGAUUAGCAAUGCUUGGAGUACUGCGGUCAACUGUCCGUUAUCGAUGUUCGCGGGAAACAAGGGAAUUCAAGGGCGCACUGGCACAAGAGGGAAUGAAAAACACGGAGAUCUAGCAAAAUCUUAAACCGUACCCUUGGCCGGUCAUCUCUCUAAGAGAAUCCACAGCUUGGUGUUAGAGCAUUGAGCACGAACGAUCCUCUCAAGUAAGAUGCACGUCGAUUGGCCAGAGAGACAGGUAGAUCGGGCAGAGGGGAAGUACUCCUGUCGGCAAAAUUCAGCAGCAAGUCAUACCCCACAGCACAAUUGUGGAGAUGUUAGAUCCCAAAAUUCGUCAGGUUUGUUUGAUGGCACCCGAGCAACUCUCAACUCUGGUUGAAUAGCACUGUCCAGUUCACAUGAGGAGUCUUGGAUUUCAACCCAGCACUCCAGACUAUCCGAGUCUGUCUGACUUUCUGAGAUUGUUCAUUAUUGCGUAGAGCUAGGUAACAUGAGCAGAGCCAGUUUCCGUCUACUCUAAACAUGUCCAUACUCCCCCAGAAAGGCUGUAGUGGGAAUCUUCGUAACUCCAAAAGAACAAAGGGAUCAUUAUUAUGAGGUAGUGGAGGCUUUCCGGCCGUCCAAAGUUCAGUGCUCGCAAAGACAAGAAUCUCAGGGAGAAAGGUCAUGUCAGUCUUUACCGUCUGCCGAUCGCAUGGUCUGUGGGUCUGCCGUUUCGGGCGCCGCUUGCCCCGAUACUGGGGCCGAGUCGGUGGCCGUAGAAGCAGUCGGUCUUGUUGAGGUAGUCAUGUCAUGAAUUUGGCG